UUCUCAGUAUUCUCAUUCCUUCGCAACGGAGACUCACACACACACACACACACCCACAUAUAAUUUGAUUGCCACAAUAAUUUUGUGAUUCUUUUUUGGAAUCGUUCUCAAAAUUUCCAGAAUGUCUCGACUACACUUCUUCGGUGGCUUACGUCGCUCUGCGUUGGGACUGCUCCGCUUCCAUGGGGCACUAUCUCGGACCGGGCCAGAGAGCCUGCGCUACCUGCAGGUGCGCACCAAAUGCGGAGAGAUGCGAGGCGUCGCCGUGGGUCUGUACGAGAAGGAGGGCGAUCAUCCGCCGAAGCUUUCGGCGGGCGGCGAUGAGUUGGAUCGUCUGGCCAGCGGAAAAUUGACUGAGCUGAUUCGCGAGACGGGUCUCGAGGGGGAGCUGGGGAUGGGACGACUGUUCCACAACAUCGGCACGGACUUCAACUGCCUGGCGGUGGUGGGGCUGGGCAGAGAGGGGGCCGGCUACAAUCACGAGGAGGUCAUCGACGAGGGCAUGGAGAAUGUGCGCGUGUGCGCCGCCACUGGCGCCCGCGCCCUGCAGCUCCAGGGCUGCAGUGAGGUCCACGUGGAUGCCAUGGACUAUGCGGAGCAAGCAGCCGAGGGUUCGGCCAUGGCCGUUUGGCGCUACAACAUGAACCGUCGCAAGCGCGAUCGCACCCACAUCCCGAAGCUGGAGCUGUACCAAUCGUCGGACGUGGCUGGCUGGUCGCGGGGACUGUUCAAGGCCGAGUCGCAGAACCUUGCGCGGCGUCUUAGUGACACGCCGGCCAACCAGAUGACUCCACUGAUCUUCGCCCAGGCCGCCGUCGAUGCCCUUUGCCCCUGCGGCGUUACCGUGGAGGUGCGUUCCUUGGACUGGAUCGAGGAUAAGGGCAUCGCUUCCUUCCUGGCGAUUGCCAAGGGCUCCUGCGAGCCCCCUGUCCUGCUGGAGAUCAGCUACUGCGGCACCGCCCCGGAGGACAAGCCCGUCCUGCUGCUCGGCCAGGGACUGACCUUCCACAGCGGUGGCUUUUGCCUGAAGCCUAAGAGGGGCAUGGACGAGUACCGCGGUACCGUCUCCGGAGCCGCCCUGGUGGUGGCCACCAUCCGUGCGGCCUCCGCCCUCUCGCUGCCCAUCAAUCUGUCGGCGGUGCUGCCGCUCUGCGAGAACCUGCCCUCGGGAAUGGCCGUGAAACCAGGCGAUGUUAUCACACUGCUCAACGGCCGGACGAUGCGCGUCAUGGAUCCCAAUAUCGCCGGCACAGUGAUGCUGGCCGAUCCCCUGCUUUACGGCCAGGCGACGUUCAAGCCGCGGCUUGUCAUCGAUGUGGGAUCGCUGGCGACGGGCGUCACCAAAGGAUUGGGCGGCUCGGCCACUGGAUUGUGGACGAACAACUCCUUUCUGUGGAAGCAGUUCCAGAAGGCCGGCGGCUACUCGGGCGACCGCCUGUGGCGCCUGCCACUGUGGAAGUACUUCAAGCAUUUGGUCACGAAAUUCGGCACAUUUGACAUGUGCAACAAGGGACGGGGACCAGCGUCGUCCUGUCUGGCCGCCGCCGUCCUCCACGAGAUGGUGCCGUGCAGCGAUUGGGUGCAUCUCGAUACCCACGGCACGGGGAUGCUGGCCAAGGACGGGGUGCCGCCGUAUCUUCUCAAGGACCGCAUGAGCGGACGCCCCACACGCACUCUCGUCCAAUUCCUCUACCAAUUAGCCUGCAAAUGUCCUUCGGCCUGAUAGGAGGAUCCUUUUAUUUUACCUCAACUGAUACCAAUUCCCUGAAAUUCUCUGUAAAUACUCGCACUUUGUUUUGCUUUAAGAAUAUAGUUUAGAGCUUUUAAA